GGUUGCUGCUGCUGCUUCACCUGUUUGUCAUAUUCCUGUUACCCAGAAGGCCUAGCAGGGAAAACAAAUAUUCUAUUCUAGUGUCUGGAGUUUUGACCAAAGUGAAGACUGUCUCCUUCUUCAGUCCUCUCAAGCAGCUCUGGAGCAAUUAAUGCUUUAAGCAGCCAGCCAGGUACCCUCCUGUAUUACUGAGAAACUCUCAGGCUAGAUCUGGCUGCAAAGUUUCCUUUACAGGAUGACUUCCUCAAAGUCAUCCCUUUCACAGAAAUGGACAGAAGAAACUGGAUAUUUUGGCCCAACUGAUCUAUUUGAUGCCUGGUCUAGAAUGGGGUGGGGUUCCUCAGCCCCCAGAAAAUCCCCAGAAGCCUGUCACCCUAUGAAGGAAGAUGAAAUCAGCACCCAUGCCGAGGUCAAGGUGGACACUGCCACCCUGUUCAAAGACAUUGAAGAAGGCAAUAGACAAAGGUUUCGUUCAGCUACCAUUCCUUUGGGAGAAACUCCCCGGCAGACUCUCUUCCGGCUGGGAGAGGCAGCCCAGAGGUGGCUGCGGCCCCUGGACCGCACCAAGGGGCAGAUUGUGGACAUGGUUGUCUUGGAGCAGUUUCUACAUGUGCUGCCUUUAAGAAUGCAGGCCUGGGUGACAGCCAAAAAGCCAAGCAGCAGUGAAGAGGCAGCUCAGCUGGCUGAGAUCUAUCUUCGGCAGCAGUGGCCUGUAGCUUUCCAGGAAGUGGCUGUCUAUUUCACCCAAGAGGAGUGGGAUCUUCUCGAUGAGGACCAAAGGACUUUAUAUUACAGUGUCAUGCAGGAGAAUUCUGAGAACAUGGCCUCUCUAGAGUUCUUGAUGUCCAAACCUGACCCAGUUCUCCAGCGUGAGUUGGGAGAAGAGCCAUGGCUUGCAGGUCUGCAGAGAUCAAAGGAAAAAAUUAUCAAGGAUGUUGUGAGUCAUGAGGAUGAAACUGGGCUUGAAUUGCUACCUCCAAAUCCAGAUGAGAUUUCCCAGCACCGAGAAUAUGAGAUGAUCUUCCAGAUAGGACAAGAGGAAGAGAUUCAGGAGUGUGAGGAGGAGGAGAAGAGCCCAAGAGGUCCUUCUGUAGGUGGUGAGUCAGAAGAUGUGGAUGUGCAGAAGAAUCCUCAGCAGGAAGAACCUGCAGCAGAGCAACUAACUGAGACAUUGUGGUGGGAUAUUUUCUUUGAUCCCAAGCUGUCUGAAGCAAUUGAGAUCAAACCAUUAAGACAUCCAGGAAUAUUACCAGAGCUGACACAUGGUUAUACAGCUUCCAGAAAAAUGACGAGGAGCAGGCCCCGAAAAGGAAUCACUGUGUCAAAAAGAAAUUAUGCUUGUUCUGAGUGUGGGAGAAGUUUUGAUCGGCGUUCAAACCUAAUUAAACACCAGAGAAUCCACACUGGAGAGAGGCCAUAUCCAUGUGCUGAAUGUGGGAAACGCUUCGACCAGCAAUCCAACCUUAAUGUCCAUUUGCGAAUCCAUACUGGAGAGAAGCCUUAUGGUUGCCCUGACUGUGGGAAAAAGUUUAGCAUCAAAUCUCACCUACAUGCACACUACAGGAUCCACACAGGGGAGAAACCCUUUGAAUGUGGGGGCUGUGGAAAGAGAUUCCGUGUGAAAUCAUGCCUGAAUAAGCACCAAAGGAUCCAUGCAAGAGAUUCCAAGCUGUCCAAAGCAACAGAGAUCAUACCAGUAAGAUGUCAGGCAAUAUUACCAGAGCUGACACAGGAAUAUGCCACUCCCAAAAAAGGAAAUUUCAUUAAAAUGACCAGAAGCAGGCCCCGAAUUGGAAUCGCUGUGUCAAAAAGAAAUUAUGCCUGUUCUGAGUGUGGGAGAAGUUUUGAUCGGCGUUCAAACCUAAUUAAACACCAGAGAAUCCAUACUGGAGAAAAGCCAUAUUCAUGUGCCGAAUGCGGGAAAUGUUUUGACCAGCAAUCCAACCUUAAUGUCCAUUUACGAGUCCAUACAGGAGAGAAGCCUUAUGGCUGCCCUGACUGUGGGAAAAGAUUUAGCGUCAAAUCUCACCUACAUGCACACUACAGGAUCCACACAGGAGAGAAACCCUAUGAAUGCGGGGGCUGUGGAAAGAGAUUCCGUGUGAAAUCUUGCCUGAAUAAGCACCAGAGGAUUCAUACAGGAGAAAAACCAUAUAAAUGCCUCACCUGCGAGAAAACUUUCACCUGCAGCUCUAAUCUUAUUAAACACCAGGUGACUCACUCAGGAGAGAAAGAUUACAUGUGCCUUGAGUGUGGGAAGAACUUUGCCAACAAAUCAGAUCUUAACAAACAUGAGAGAAUUCACACAGGAGAAAAACCUUGUGCAUGCUCCUUCUGUGAGAAAAGAUUCCGUGAUGUUUCUCAGAAAAACAAACAUCAGAGAAUCCACACAGAAGAAAGGCCUUAUGAAUGCCCCAUCAGUGGGGAAAGGUUCAGAGAUGACUUCCAGCAGAACAAACACCAGAAUAUACACAUGCUAUAGAACGCCUAUGUGCUUCAAUGUACAAAUGCACCAUGAGAUUGUUUGCUUUAAGCAGAGAAUGCAAGUUGUCAAUAAUGAAAAGAAACAUUAGGUGUCCCCAAAGAGAGACUUGAAUAAGAAAAAGUAUUCGCGUCAUAAUAGACAAUAGAGCAUCUACACAAGUAGUAAGCAAUGGAAAUGUAAUAUCACAUACUCCAACCUUCUAUUCAGUGCAGGCAUGUUGUUAGGGGAUGGCCUAUGGGAGCUCCUGUCCCUGUCUCUUAUUUUUAAACCACAGAGAGAGAGAGAGAGAGGGUGGCAGAUUUCUUUUGCAAAUUUGUGUCAUGGGCUUCAAUCUAAGUCUUUUAAGUACCUGUGGCCAUAGCAGUCAGAAAUCAGCAUGGCCAGAGGACUACAUACCAAAUUUGAACAAUUGCUUUAGGCAUAAGAACAUAAGAAGAGCCUGCUGGAUCAGGCCAGUGGCCCAUCUAGUCCAGCAUCCUGUUCUCACAGUGGCCAACCAGGUGCCUGGGGGAAGCCCGCAAGCAGGACCUGAGUGCAAGAACACUCUCCCCUCCUGAGGCUUCCGGCAACUGGUUUUCAGAAGCAUGCUGCCUCUGACUAGGGUGGCACAGCACAGCCAUCACGGCUAGUAGCCAUUGAUAGCCCUGUCCUCCAUGAAUU